UGAGCAUCAUGCAGGGGGAGCUGGAGGCUGCAAACAGGAUUCUGCACCAGGCCAUCCGACUGGCACACCAGGCCAAGAACACCCAAGCCAUCACAUACACGUACAGCAUGAUGGCGAACCUUGCUCUUGUUCAAGGCCAGUUUCCCGAAGCAGAGAAGCUGUUCAAGGCUGCUAUGAGUUUUCUGCUGGCCAGCGGGGCACAAGAGGAUGACAAUGCAGUGAUUGAGAUGUCUUUGAAGCUGGCCAGCAUAUAUGCUUCCCAGAACAAGCCCGAGCUGGCUGAGCAUGGCUUUGAGUUCUGUGCUGAAUCUCUGGAGGCAAAGAUAGAGAAGCAGAAGGACCUCCCUGAGGGCACCCUACCUGAGGAGGAGAGGAGCAACACACGCCUUCUCUUGGGCCUGUGUCUGGACUCAUACGCACGCUACCUCACUACAAAGCACCAGCUGGAUCAGGCCCACCAGAAGUACCUUCGCGCCCUGCAGAUCUGCCGCGAGGAGCAGGGGGAGGCACACCCUCAGACUGUUGUGCUGAUGAAUGACUUGGCUACAGUGCUCGACCUGCAGGGGCGGCACCAGGAGGCCAUGGAGCAGAUGAGCCAGGCCUUGGAGCUGGCGAAGAAGGCUGAACAUCCAGACCAGCACGUGCUGCUCUGCAACAUGGCAGGCAUCUUGCUGCACCAGGGUCAGCUGGUCCAGGCUAGGCAUGUAUACAGGGAGGCCCUGCUCUUGGCUCAGGCUACAGGAGACAGUGAAGCAAUGCAGCAGAUUAGAGAUGGGCUAGAGAAACUCAGCAACAGAGAAAGAGAUGAAGAACGGGAGACUGCCUGAGAGUCCGCACAUGGGUAUGGAUCUUUACAGGGAUGCGAGGGAAUACAAAGGCUUUGGCACAGUAAGUGCGAGAGAAGGGUAUGGGGAGUCCAGGAAGAAGACAGGGAUGAAGGACAUGGUCCACAAUCAUCGAUAUGCUGGUACACGGGAUGGAAGCUUAAUAAACAGUUAAAAUAAGAUAUUGGAAGAGAGAGAAAACCAUAUACACUGAAGCAAAACGGCCUAUUAAAAAGAAGUGUGAUUUGACUAGGAUUCCAUCAAGUGAUGAAAUUCAAGAAGAAUACAAUACAGAUGAAAGCCUGUUUGUCCCUAGCAAAUAGUGGUCUCGGUGGGAUCUCUUGCUCCAUCUAGUGUUCUCUACUGAGCUGUUAUUAGUGUGCACUGGGGCUUCUAACAAACACUGAAUAUUUUUAUAAGCCUUUUAUUUAAAAAAUUAAUUUAAGUUUCUUGAGGGAUCCCUUUAACCAUCAUCAAAAACAUGGAAGCCUACUUUUAACUACUUGUCUUGCACAAUAAAAAUUAAUUGCCUACUGUGCAACGGCCAGUUCACUUUUUGAGAGGUAGUAGUGUUGAAGAUCACAGCUUAGUGAUUUUCAUACCAGGUUUUGGAGAUAUUCUACCCAACUUAACUGUUUUAAUUAUUGGCUUAACCAGUGUGGACUGUUUACAGGUUUUUGAACUGUGAAGAACCCGGAUUCACUAUGUGGCUGAAGCAAACUUGUUAAAUUAGUUGUACAAAGUAUUAUUCUGUUCUUUGCCUUCAUAUGAAACAGAUUCAUUGCAUGCAAAGGUUUUUAAUUUUAACAGAUAUUGAACAGAACAAAAUGGCACUACUUCAAACUUUUGAAAACAUUUUAUUUCUGCAGUUGAGUGGAUUUUUACAGUGCAUUUGCCUAUGGUAGUUAUGUACUUCAUUACAAUCCACAUUUCAAAUACAGGAUAUCUAUAUAAAUAUAGGCUUCUAUACACACAUUGCUUCAUUGAGAAUCUGGCUAAGAUGGUUAUACUGUAUAUGAUCCUGAUGAGCCUGAUGCCACUUAAAGUCUUAAAGUUUCAAUU